GCUGAAUGGUGAAGAGUUAACGGUUUGAGUCAGUCCCAGCUCUUCGGGGUCUGUUUGAUCUGCUCUAUUUGUUCAGUAGGAGCCGACAUCAAAGUUCACUUUUGUGUUCAAUUCUUUGUGCUCUUCGUCCUACAAACAGAAGCAACACAGUCCACAGCCAAGCAUGUGGGUCCUCGGCGCCGUCUCCGUGGCCUGUCUGCUGGUUGCUCCAUCCUUGGCCGAGAUAAAAGACCUCGGGUCUCACUUUGCUGACCCUGAACCCCGAGGCUUUGAGGUGGGGGGGGGCGCGGACAUGGAGGCCGUCCCCUUGGAAUUCCACAAGGAAAACACUGUCACCAAUGACCUGCUUUUUGAUGGGUUCGAGGACGACGAUUAUAUUGAUUUUGACAAGAUCUUGGCUGCGGGCAGCGACGACUACACGGAAGGGGAUGAGAUCGAUGAGAUCGCCACACCGGCCCCAGAUAUCGACAUCUUUGCCGAACCCUCCGACCCAAAGAUCCGCCGCGCCAGACUACUGCGUCUGUUCCACGGUCGCUCUCGCCUCCAACGCCUCAACAUUGUCAACGCCCACUUCGGGUUCAACCUCUAUCGGAGCAUCCGCAACGACGUCAACCAGAGCGACAACAUCCUGCUGGCGCCUGCCGGGAUCUCUGUCGCCAUGGGGAUGAUGUCUUUGGGGGCGGGUUCUGGAACCCGGGAUCAGAUCUACGGAGCGCUGGGAUUCGCCGACUUUGUCAACGCAAGCCAUCACUAUGACAACACCACGGUGCACAAGCUCUUCAGGAAGCUGACGCACAGGCUCUUCAGAAGGAACUUCGGCUACACGCUGCGCUCCGUGAACGACGUCUAUGUGAAGAGGGAGGUGGCAGUGAAAGAUGCCUUCCGCGCCGAGACCAAGGCCUUUUAUUUUGCAGAGCCGCAGUCGGUGGACUUCGGGGACCCGGCCUUUCUAGACAAGGCCAACAGCCGCAUCCUAAAGCUGACCAAAGGGCUGAUCAAGGAGCCACUCAAGAGUGUGGACCCAAAUAUGGUGCUGAUGCUGCUCAACUACCUGUACUUCAAAGGUGCAUGGGAACAGAAGUUCCCCAAGGAAAUGACUCACUAUCGCAACUUCAGAGUGAACGAAAAGACAAACGUGCGUGUGCCAAUGAUGACCAACAAGGGGAACUAUCUGGCGGCUGCAGACCACGAGCUACAGUGUGACAUCCUACAGCUCCCUUACACAGGAGAGAUCAGCAUGCUCAUCGCGCUGCCGAGUAAGAUCAACGGCAUGAGGACCUUGGAGCAGGAGAUCUCUCCCACUGUUGUCAAAAAGUGGCUCAAAAACAUGACAAACAGGACUCGAGAGGUGGCGAUACCCCGGUUCAAACUGGAGCAGAACUAUGACUUGAUCGCAAACUUGAAGGAGAUGGGCCUCACGGACUUGUUCCAGGAGAGUGGUGAUUUCUCUGCAAUGACCUCCGAUAAGGUCCACAUGAGCUGGCUCAAGCACCAGGGGACCAUCACCGUGAACGAGGAGGGGACGGAGGCUGCUGCUCUGACCCAGGUGGGCUUCAUGCCCCUCUCCUCUCAGAUACGCUUCACGGCGGACCGCCCCUUCCUCUUCCUGAUCUACGAGCACCGCACAGACUGCCUUGUGUUCAUGGGUCGGGUGGUCAAUCCUUCACAGAACUAAUAUGUUCUCUACGAAUUCCAUAUUGAUUCCAUACAUCCAGCUAAAACAUAACUGAUUGAAAUACCCAGGGUGUUGUUUU